CGCGUCCUCGCAUCCUUUUUGCUCCGCCUCAUUGGUGCUUCCCCAUUCCUUGCUCUCUCUCUCUCUCUCUCUCAGAGCUCCAGGCCAAUUGGUUGCCUGCCUUCCACCGUUAUCUGCUCUCUCCCUUCUUCGGCUGUCUCCGCGUCUCUCCUCUUCCUCUGUCUUCCCUACACUCGUGAAGAAUGAUUAGCAUACGGGAGGCGAGAGGAACUUUCCAGCGCGAGUGAACAGGAGAACAAGUGCGCAAAAGGAAGGACGCUGGAAAAUACAAUCAGCAGCGAUUGGAAAGUUUGAGAGAAGACAACAUUUCAAGACUGAAAAUGAAAUUGGAGGAGGUGGAUGUAGCAGAUGAGAACCACCAUUGCACACGCUCAAAAGUUCCCCUGGAGCCAGCCAUACAAGAGUUGUUCAGUGUGUAUGGCUGUCCUGUCGCCAAGAAGAGAAAACCCCUGGAGAGUCAUGCCCUGGAGCCCUCGCCCAAGAGGAAGGUGUUUCUCACAGUUAUAGACCAACAGUCAAUGGAGAAAUGCUAUAACACGCACAAAAUUGAGGAGAUGGAUGAAAAAGAUGAGGAAGAGGAUGAGGAGGAGGAAGAGGAAAAGGUAGACGAAGAGGAAGCGGAGGAGGAAUAUACAGACAAUGAGGACCAAUAUGAACAGGAAGAGGUAGAAGUGAUUAAUGGAGAAGAGGAAGAGGUGGAGCAGGAAGAAGAGGAAUUGGUGGAGGAAGAUGAGGAAGAAGAAGAAGAAGAAGAAGAAGAAGAAAGAGAGGGGGAGGAUGAUGAAGACGAGGAUGAGGUGGAGGAAGAUGAGCAAGAGGAUGAGGAGCAAAUUCAAGAAAUAGAGAGUGACAAUAUGAAUUGCAGUCCCAGCAGAACAAGCCCCUCCAUGGAGAAGGACAACAACAACAACGAUGAAUAUGACAACUACGAUGAACUGGUGGCCAAAUCUCUGCUUAACCUUGGCAAGAUUGCAGAGGACGCCGCUUACCGGGCCAUGACUGAGUCCGAGAUGAACAGCAACUCCUCAAACAGCGCAGAAGAGGAAGAGGAGGAGGAAGAAGAAGAUGAAGAGGAUGAAGAAGAUGAGGAUGAGGAGGGCUCAAGGAAAGGUGAGCUGAGUCUAGACAUCAACAGUGAUGUGGUAAGGGAGACUGUGGACUCUCUAAAGCUCCUGGCACAGGGUCAUGGAGUCACGCUCUCAGAAAACCUCCACGAAAAGCCUUUUCAGGACGAUGGGAGCGAGAACACGGACUGUGGAAACAUCAACGGAAAUGGAUCCACAGGUAAUGGACUCAGUGGUAACUGUGGUAAACCCUCCAGUAAUGGCCAAAUGGCAGAGAAGAGUGACGAGGAAGUUUGUCUGAGUAGUUUGGAGUGUCUUCGCAACCAGUGCUUUGACUUGGCGCGCAAGCUAAGUGAGACCAAGCCAACCGAGCGGUUCCACAAUAACCAGCAGGAGGCUCAUCAGCUUUAUCAAGAAGCCCAACUGCAGCAUCAGCAUCAGAGUCCUGAUGUCCUCGAGCGGAAUUACUCUGACAUGGUCAACCUGAUGAAGCUUGAGGAGCAGCUCAGCCCACGCUCCAAGACUUUCUCCAGCUGCGCCACAGAGCACAAGGGCUUCCAGGACUGUGAUGAAGACACCACCUCCGUCACUUCGGACCGCUCAGAGGAUGUUUUCGACAUGACCAAAGGCAACCUGUCACUGCUGGAGAAGGCCAUAGCGCUGGAAACAGAGAGGACCAAAGCUUUGCAGGAAAAAAUGGCUUCGGAAGCAGUCAGGAGAGACAGACUGCAUUUGCAUGAGCAUGGUUUGCGGCACAGCUAUGCAGAGGAGCGGAAAGCGCGCCUGCACCACGAUGGUCUAAAGAAGCCCUACUACCUUAAAGAUUCCUCACGGUCAGGGAAAAAAGAGAGUCGGUGUCCAGCACCUGGUUGUGACGGCACAGGUCAUGUGACGGGUUUGUACCCGCAUCAUCGCAGCCUGUCUGGAUGCCCUCAUAAAGACAGAGUCCCACCAGAAACUGGCAUUUAUGAAAAGAGGUCGUAAUCAUUGGUUGACCGUGUGUCUGUAUGUGUUUGUGUGGCCCAGUCUUCAGUUCAUUCUGCAUGCCGUCCUCCU